UGGGCUCAAGAAAAUUUCACAAUAUCAAUUCGCAGUGGCCAUUGACUCCGUUUAAUCCGUUCCGCAUCCGUCGCUCCACGCCACGGAAGGGAAUCCCCACAGUCAAUCCGGAAUCCUAGGAAUCUCCGACCCUCUCCAGCGAAAUUCUUGGCGAUUCUGGUUUCAGUUCGAAGAUCUAUGCUCUCUGUUUCGCGGCGGUGCUUUGCGUGGAAGUUCUGUGGAAUUUAUGCUUGUUCUUCCGGCUCUUGAAAAAUUCCGUUUUGGAAACCCCUCCAUCUUGGAGCCCUAGAAGUCAUUUAUUCUGUUAAAGAUCGUAGCUAUUUUUAGCCCUUCGCGCUGUUCUUCCGCUUAGAUUGUAUUGUUAGAUUUUUCCAAUAGAGCGUAAGAAUCAGCAAGUCUGCUCUUCGGAAGUUCGGAGAUGACGACGAGGGGCGUUACGGAGCGCUUACCGGAGAGCAGCCAGCCGCUGCUCCCGACGAAGCAGCGAUGGGAGGGGGAUGACGGCGGCGCCGAAGCAGCCGCCUUCCACGAGUUCAACGGCGCCUCCUUCGCCGGGGCGGUGUUCAACCUGUCCACCACGAUUGUCGGCGCCGGCAUCAUGGCGCUGCCAGCGACCAUGAAGGUGCUCGGCCUCGUCCCCGGCCUGGUCAUGAUCGUGCUCGCGGCGUUCCUCACCGACGCCUCCAUCGAGUUGCUCAUGCGGUUCAGCCGCGUGGUGGGCGCGCCGUCCUACGGAGCCGUCAUGGGGGAUGCCUUCGGUUGGUGGGGAAGGAGGCUCCUCCAGGUCUGCGUCGUGGUGAACAACGUUGGUGUCAUGAUCGUCUAUAUGAUUAUUAUCGGUGAUGUGCUUUCUGGAACAUCCUCUGGUGGUGAGCACCAUUAUGGCGUGUUAGAAGGAUGGUUUGGCACACACUGGUGGAAUGGGCGUUUCUUUGUUCUCCUGGUUACCACCCUUGGAGUAUUUACUCCACUAGCAUGUUUCAAGCGUGUUGAUUCACUGAGCUAUACAUCCGCCAUUUCUGUUGCUUUGGCAGUUGUAUUUGUUGUUAUAACAGCAGGAAUCGCUAUCGUGAAGCUGAUACGUGGACAAAUUCCAAUGCCUAAGUUGUUCCCUGCCAUUCCUGACUUGACAUCAGUCUGGGAACUUUUCACAGCAGUGCCAGUUCUUGUCACUGCUUACGUUUGCCACUAUAAUGUUCACCCAAUUCAUAAUGAGCUCAAGGAGUCUUCCCAGAUCAAGCCGAUAGUGCACACAUCAUUGGCUCUAUGCUCAACUGUCUAUAUCACAACAAGUUUCUUUGGAUAUCUUUUGUUUGGUGAAUCUACACUCGCUGAUGUGCUCGCUAACUUUGAUUCAAAUCUCGGAAUUCCAUAUAGUUCAGUUCUUAAUGAUGCUGUCAGAGUGAGCUAUGCUGUUCACCUUAUGCUCGUGUUCCCUAUGAUAUUCCAUGCACUGCGGCUUAAUUUGGACGGGCUUCUCUUUUCCUCUGCAAGGCCCCUGUCCUCAGAUAACAGAAGGUUUGCUGUGAUGACAGCAGUGCUCCUUAUUGUGAUUUUUGUGUCCGCAAACUUCAUUCCUAGUAUCUGGGAUGCCUUCCAAUUUACUGGGGCUACUGCUGCUGUUUGUAUUGCCUUCAUUUUCCCAGCUGCAAUCACUCUAAAGGAUGCGCACAGCAUAGCGAAGAAGUGGGACAAGAUUCUGGCUGUUGUCAUGAUUGUUCUUGCAGUUGCAUCGAAUGUAGUAGCUGUGUAUAGCGAUGCAUACUCGAUAUUCCAUAAGAAAAGUGCCCCCUCCUCAGCGUGAGCUGCAUAACGCUACAGGGGAGUCAAGGGUCAAGGAUGCUUUUUUAUGGAUGGUGGUUUCUGUACAUUAGGCAGUCAAUAAAAAAGUAUCAGUCAUGAGAGAACUCAUGGGAUUGGUUUUGCGAUUUAUUUGGCGGACCACACCCUCGACUCAAUUGUGUUGAGUCAGAUUGUAUCUACAGGGUGCUUGGUCGAGUUCGGUCUGAGGUGCUGUAAAAUUACAACAGGAAAUCAAAUGUGUAAUUACAGAGUUGUUCUUGUAAUCUAUGUAUAAAACUUUUGAUUUUGGAGUUGCAUUGUAUUGGAUGGGAGAUGGUUAAUGAAAAUACUAAACGGUUCUACAAA